GGAGCGUGUAUAUAAGGCCACGUAUUAGCUGCACUCAAAGAAGCAACACACUCCAAAGUUGCAGUCUGAUCAUUUACACGCUGGCCAUGGAUGUUCAUCUUCAACCUCUCGGCAUGGUCGUGUUGUGCGGAAUCCCACUGUUACUCUUGCUGGGACUGCUCUCUCGAAUCCGUAAAAGACCACCCUACCCUCCGGGGCCAAAAGGCCUUCCCAUCCUGGGCAACAUGAUGAUGAUGGACCAGCUAACGCACAGAGGGUUAGCCAAGCUAGCCAACCACUAUGGCGGCAUACUCCACCUCCGUAUGGGCUUCCUCCACAUGGUAGCCAUCUCCGACGCCGACGCCGCACGCCAGGUGCUUCAGGUGCAUGAUCACAUCUUCUCCAACCGCCCCGCCACCAUAGCCAUCAGCUACCUCACCUACGACCGGGCCGACAUGGCUUUUGCUCACUACGGUCCCUUCUGGAGGCAGAUGCGCAAGAUCUGCGUCGUGAAGCUCUUCGGCCGGAAGCGCGCAGAGUCGUGGCAAUCGGUUCGAGAGGAAGUGGAGACGGUGAUCCGUACGGUGGGGGCGAACACGGGGAAGGAAGUGAAUAUCGGGGAGCUGGUGUUUUCGCUGACAAAAAAUAUAACAUACCGGGCGGCUUUCGGGUCGAGCUCGCAGGAGGGACAGGACGAGUUCAUCGGGAUUCUUCAGGAGUUCUCCAAGUUGUUUGGAGCUUUCAAUAUAGCGGACUUUAUACCCGGUCUCGGGUGGGUUGACCCGCAAGGGCUCAACGCCAGACUGGCCAAGGCUCGUGGCUCGCUGGACAGCUUCAUAGACAAGAUCAUCGAGGAACACAUAGAAAAGAGGAAGCAGCCGGAUGAAGAAGGUGACAUGGUGGAUGAGUUGCUCGCCUUUUACAGUGAGGGCGAGUCUAGAGUCCGCGAAUCCGACGAUCUACAGAACUCCAUCAAACUCACCAAGGAUAACAUCAAAGCCAUCAUAAUGGACGUGAUGUUCGGAGGGACGGAGACGGUGGCGUCGGCGAUCGAGUGGGCCAUGGCGGAGAUAAUGAGAAGCCCGGAAGAUCUGAAGAGGGUCCAACAAGAACUGGCGGAGGUGGUGGGUCUCGAUCGGAGAGUAGAAGAGUCGGACCUGGAGAAGCUGACGUACCUGAAAUGCGCUCUCAAAGAGACGCUUCGCCUCCACCCGCCGAUCCCCUUGCUCCUCCACGAGACGGCGGAAGACGCAGUGGUUUCGGGUUAUUUCAUUCCGAAGAAGUCACGCGUGAUGAUCAAUGCCUGGGCCAUCGGGAGGGACCGCAACGCCUGGCACGAUCCCGACACAUUCAAGCCGGCCCGCUUCCUCGGGGAAGGGGUCCCCGAUUUCAAAGGGAGCAACUUCGAGUUCAUUCCUUUCGGGUCCGGUCGCAGGUCAUGCCCGGGGAUGCAACUCGGGCUCUAUGCCCUGGAACUGUCCGUAGCUCACCUUCUUCACUGUUUCUCGUUGGAAUUGCCGGACGGCAUGAAGCCGAGCGAGAUGGACAUGAGUGACAUCUUCGGACUCACCGCUCCCAGGGCGAGUCGACUCGUUGCGGUGCCCAGAAACCGCUUGGUGUGCCCUCUUUUCUAAGGGGAGGUUGUAUUGUACGUGAGCCCAUGAAACAGGCCUUGAUUUCUGUGUUUUUUUUUUAUCGUUUUCAAGAAAAAAGAAAUUAUAUUUCAAGAUACAUAAAUAUAAAGGCAACUGUUAGAAAAGAAUAUAGAAGGAGGAGCGAAACUGCAAUGAUAUCGACUAGGUGGCAAAAUAGGGAGAAUUUGAUUAUCCUUUCAUGUGGAUAAUCUUUGUAUGAAUUCCUACUGUAAUAAUCUCCCCUGCUUUUGGGUUCAUUUGUAAGUUGCAAAUAAAGUUGGUCGUCAGUCA